CAGGGCGCAUACACACACACAUUCGCAUACACUCACACAUUCGCAUACACUCACACGCUGGGCUCACCAUAUUAUCGACAGAUCCGAGGCAGGAGUACAGUACGAGGAGAGCACAUACAAGUGACUUCUUCAGUGAGAGGAACCGAGAGGAAAAACGCAGACAGAGAAGCAGAGGAAACCCCCCGUAAGGAAAUGCCAAUCGCAGCCGCUGGACAGCCAACGACUCUUGAGCCCAGAGUUUGCCCCCGGCUGCCCUCCACCCCGGAGCCUGUCCCUAAAGGGGCUGAUUUAUUCGACGAGGCGGGGGCGGCGGAGUCGGCGGAGCGAACAGAGUACGGGGGCGCGGAGGGGGGCAGAGGACUCGGGGGCUACAGCUACAGCCACAGCGGCGCUAGGGGCUUUGUACAGCCCGGAUCCACCAACGGCUCUCCGCCGCAGUCCCCAGCCGCGUCCUCCUCUUUUCUCUUCCACCCGCUUCACCCCCACCAAAUGGCCAUGGAGCCCCCGAGGACUCGAUCGCGUUCUCGUUCCGGAUAUUACCAGCAGUACGGCGGUGGGAACGGCAAUGGAAUAACCGGCAGCGGAGUCAUGGGAUCUAACCAGCACCACCAGCAGCAGCAGCAGCAACUACAUCCACAGCAGCACGGUGCCAGUUGCGCACCACUUGGAGCUCACAGCAACCACCCGGAGAACCAGCCAAGAGCUCCAGGAAGUAACGCCUCUCCCGGCAUUCAGAGGCUUUCUUCGGUUCCCGGAGCGCACCGCAUCCCAGCGGAAGGAGCCUCUGGAGGGUCCUACCACUGCCAUCCAGAUCAUGCAUAUGGAGACGAGAGUGAUAAGAGUGAGGAAAGCCCCAGUCCAAAGCGCCAGAGGCUGUCCAGUCAGGCUGUCCUGGAACAGCUAACCUCAGCCGUCCCCCCACCAUCCACCCCAUCUCCCCCUAUCCGCCCCUGGGAGUCAGGACCCCCAAGUCGGAGACAGCCUCACACCCACGCGCACUACCACCAAGAGAGAUACCUCACCCCCGCUCGGCUCAGACGCAGCCCGCCAGCUAGGCGUCAGCGCGGCCGUCUCUCCAGACCCAUCCGUCACCUGCCUCCCCCACCACCACUCCACUCUCGCCUGUCGCCAUCCGAGCAUCAGGAUGAGAACUACCACCACCACCCCCCCACACACCAGACGUACACGACACACACGCCUAGCGUCUACAGUCAGCCUCCCACAGCCGGGGGCGGGGCCGUGGGCCUGGAGGAGCCCCGAGCUUUCCACCCUCCCACCCUACCACGACUACUGCACCCUGCUGCCCACCAUCAUCACCCUUACCACCACCACCACCACCACCACCACCACCAGCAGCAGCAGCAGCAGCAGCAGCAGCAUCACGCAGCCCAGCAGCAGCAAGGAGCCAUGGUCAUGGGCCUCCAUGAACAGCUGCAGCAGGCCAGUGUCCCGGUCUCCUACACGGUGACCCCCGUCCCCCCGCACAGUCUGGCAGCGCCCCUGUGUAGCGGCCAGCACCUUCCCCCUACCUGCUCCUCUCAACAAGUCCCCGCCUGCAGCGUGGUCUUCAGCACUGGACAACACUACCACCCGGUGAGAGCAACAGUCUGUAGGAGUGUGUGGGCUUGUUUGUUCCUAAGAAGGGACACUCUGUGCUUUGCAGUCUCUUACAGUUUAAACACGGAAAAAGCAAAAUGCUCAAAAGCGAAGUGGGUUAAAAGUAAAAAGACCUGCAGAAUAUUUCCUGUUUAAAGGGGCUUGUUAAUAUUCCAGGUCUUGGCUGCCACCUUAUGGUGACAUAUGGAAUUACACCCACAUUGGAAAACAUGCAUUGAAUGUUUCUCUUAUUAGACCCUCCAGAAAAACGCGAUUCUGCGAUUGCAGAAUUUACCGCAAAAUGGCGCAGAUU